AUGCAGAAAGACCCAGCCAUCAUAGCUCCCCAAGACGCCACCCUCCACAUUGGUGCUUCAUUCACGGCCAACUGUUCCGUCAUGCCCAAUUCAGGCCUGAAGGCCGAGGACCUUUACUGGACCCUGAAUGGCCGAAAGCUCCCAGCCGAGACCUACAAGGUCCUGGGGGCUACUACGCUCAGCGUCACCCUCACCCAGCUGAAUGGAUCGCGGCAGCAGUCAGGGGAUAACCUGAUGUGCCACAGCAAGGAAGGCGGAAGCAUCUUGGCUGGGUCGUGUCUCUAUGUAGGACUGCCUCCUGAAAAGCCAACCAACAUUUCUUGCUGGUCCAAGAAUUUGAAAGACCUCACCUGCAGAUGGGUACCUGGGUCAGAAGGCGAGACACACCUGCAUACCAAUUACUCCCUGAAAUAUAAGCUGAGAUGGUAUGGUCGGGACAAUAUCUGCCAGGAAUACCAUACCGCCGGUCCAUAUUCCUGCCACAUUCCCAAGGAUUUAGCCCUGUUCACACCUUACGAAAUUUGGGUAGAAGCAUCCAACCGACUUGGAAUGGCUGUAUCUGAUGUGGUGAUGCUGGACAUUGUUGAUGUUGUCACAACUGACCCACCCUCGGAUGUCCACGUGAGCCGAGUGGGAGACCUGGAAGACCAGCUCAGCGUGAGGUGGAGUGCGCCUCCUGCUCUUAAGGAUUUCCUCUUCCAAGCCAAAUAUCAGAUCCAGUACCGGGUUGAGGACAGUUCGGAAUGGAAGGUUGUCGACAAUGUUAGCAACCAGACGUCAUGCCGCCUGGCAGGCCUAAGGCCUGGGACGGUGUAUUUCGUCCAAGUCCGUUGCAAUCCAGUCGGAAUCUACGGUUCAAAGAAAGCUGGCAUUUGGAGUGAUUGGAGCAACCCAACAGCAGCCUCCACACCUCGGAAUGGACGGACCCCGGGAGUUUGUGAACCCAAGAAUGGAGAACACAACAAUACGCUACGGCGAGAGCUCAAGCAGUUCUUUGGAUGGAUGCGGAAACACGGGACUUGUGCCAAUUUGAGCAUCAAAAUGUAUGAUCAGUGGCGGGUGGCACUACAGAAGUCCCACAAAACACGCAACCAGGUCCUGUCCAGUGACAAAUUGUAGCUUUGAUGGAUGGUGGAACCAGGAGUUUCACUUAAGCGCCAACCCGGUGGCUGGAUUCAGGCCUGCCAAGGAUGCACACAAAGGAACUCAAGAGCAGCCAUAAAUCCAGGUGCCUCGAGCGCCAUUGCCAAGGUGGUUUCACCACCACUAACACACACCCUUUCUGCAAACUGGCUAGAAGCUGGGCAGAAGGCCGUCAACGCCUCUUCCCCCAGAGUAACUCUAAACCGGCUUCUCACGUACGAUGUUUUUCCGCUGAGUUGGACUUUCAAGUUUUCUAAUUAGUAUAUAAAGAAGUUCCCCCUAAGUGAAGGACAUUUUGCUGGGGAAGGAGCUCUUCGUGCCAGCCUUUUUUUUUUUUUUAACAGUGUCAAGAUUAAAAAAAAAAAGUCUGAAUAUCCACAUUUUUCCCUCUAAGCCCGCUAUAAAGAGGUUUUGUUGCUUCAGUAGAAUCAUUUUCUUCUUCUACUCCUCCGUUAUGAAAUUGGAAUCGGCAACGGAUUGAAAAGCGGAAACAGCUAAAGGAACGAUCUG